UUGCAACUUGUCCACAACCGCGACUAAGAACGCGUCCAAGACGCGUUGUUCAUCAUGAAACGAAAAACACAGGAGAGUAACGCUGACGGAAGCCGAAAACGUCUGAAAACUACUUCUCCUCAGUCUCAUUCCUCAGGCGCAGAACUAUUCGACUUUCCUGAACACCAACGGUAUAUUGCCUCGAUCCUUCAUGACCAGGAUGUCGACGGGAAACCUGGAUACAUUGCUGGCAAAGUAUUCAUGAAGUAUCCCGAGUCUGAGCAGAAUAUUCACUUCAUCAUCACUACGGAUGAUUCGGAGAUUGGGAGCAAGAGAUUACGAGUAGAAGUCGUUUUCGGGAAGAAAUGUUCGAAACUGUUAAGGCGGCUGGACAUCAACUUCCCACUCUCUUCUGUUAUUCUUCUGUCCCUGCGAGGGUGCUCAGCAGACUCUGGAAACUCGUCUCACGGUGUUACAGGGAAGUUGAAGUUUGCGGACAAGGUCUUGUUGAAGAUAUUGUCCCCGGGACUCGAUGAUGUAGUAGUGGAUCUUUGGGACUCAAACCCACUUAUACCAUCCAGAAGCGCUGACUCUGAUUGGUUCAGCACCCCUAGAGAGCAUCCCGUAGAGGGGUCAGCUGUCGCCGCAGAGACUAAAAAGAUCAGCAGAAGAGACAGGAGGCUUCUCAGGGCUAAAGUGCAUCUAGAGAAAGUCAACGACACAAAUAAGAUUGAUUCCGACGUUGUCUCUAUCAAAGCGCCAAAAGAUCUCGCUACCGCAUCUGAGCCUGUUACCCCCAAACAUGUCCCUCUGAAUCCCGUUCCAGCACAAGAAACGAAAGCGCCGUUGGACAAAGUAGAUGGUCCCUUGGGGUUGAAAGCGGGUUGUCGCUCCGAAAAAGCCUUGUAUACUUCGCUAUUAAAUGCCACAAAAGCUUCUAUCUUUUAUAAUGUGGUUGGUGUUGUAUUUUCUGACUCCCUUAUAAGUCAAACUUCUAGCGGAGACUACAUGUGUGGCCUGCAACUGGUAGAUCCCGGUAAUAGGUCACCCUCUGACAACACACAUUUUGUGGGCACCCCAACAAAAGUAAAUUGUUUCGCGAUCAAUUCCAAGUGGUUGCCUAGUGUUCGUGAGGGUGAUAUCGUUAUCCUUCACAACGUUAAAGCUUCAAAUUUCAAUGGGGGUACAAACCUUGUAGGCUAUAAAGAUAGACUCCAAUGGGCGAUAUACGGGCGGGAUGGAAAACUGGCACAUGGUGUUAUUCCAUCUGACAUUCCGAGAGACACUACUACAGACAGAGGCUUCCGCUUUACGCCUUUUCUCCAAAGCGGAGAUUCCACUCUUCUGAGUUAUUGCUCGAAACUACGCGAAUGGUGGAACGCUGUCGAGUGCAAAAAGAAGGAAUUCUUGGGCAAGACACACCAAGUUGGAAACAACGUCCUGACGCCCCCUCCAGAACGGAGUGCCCGACCGUGGCUCUCAAUCAAAGACGCAAACACGGGUACUAUAUCUAAUGGAUAUUUCAAUUGUGUUGCCGAGAUCAUUCACAAACAUCGCCCAGAUCAACAGUACUACGAGAUCUACGUCACCGACUAUACUUCGAAUGACAAAUGCCCGACUUACGACAAUGCUGAUUGGUGUCCUCCUGGGUUGGCAAAAUCGUGUCUCAGAGUCGAACUGUGGGAUCGGUCUACUCCGUUGGGACCGGAUAUGGAAAUUGGAGACUUCUACAGUUUCAGAAAUAUACGUAUGAAAAUGGCAAAUAAUGGAUACUAUGAGGCCAAAAUACAGGAGCCGAAGAUAUCAAAAUUAGAUCCAGAUGAGCAUGGCUCGACUCACACUAUUUUGAAGAGUCUAUUAGAGCGAAGGGCGAAAUGGGCUACGAAGCACAAUAUUGAAGAACGUCUAGAGAAAUUAGAAUACACGAAAAUAGAAGAUGUUGAAAUGCGAGCUCGUUUUAACUGCAUUGUGGAGAUCCUUCAUGUUGAUCUCCCUGACGGCCCCGGUAGCGCAAAAGUUUACGCCACUGACUAUACCGCCAACGACUUGCUCCCCGAACCCGACUUCGACGCCAACGAUUUUGAUGGCCUUCACAAGCGUGUUUUCAAAUUUGUGUUGCGGGAUUCGCAGGCUGAAAAAGCCAAAGCGUUGGAACGAGGAAACGUAUGCGUAUUCCAGAAGGUGAUGAUGAAGCUGCUCAAUACGGAAAAUGUCGGUGACCUUGGUGGGGAGCAACGACUUAUAAGCCGAUUAAACCCGGGCCUGGAUAGUCAUAAAGCGCUGAUGAAGGACUUGGAGAAUCGAAAGAAGAUAUUCUUUGGAACUCCUGACGACGCGAAAGCAUCUCUUGGACGGUCAAGAUCUCCCUCGACCUCAACAUCAACCUCCGAACCUCGAUUUCCAGAUUCACCUGGACGCACCAGUCCUCUUCCCUCGUCUCCGAAAAUUUGCACAUCCAUCAAGCAACUACGAUCUCGCGUUGGCACCACUGUGUUGUUCGGUAUCCCAGCACGGGUCAAAUGGGCCAAGCCUCGUGAACUUUGGGAUUAUUGCCGGCCUUAUUGUAAGAAAUGUGAAAAACGCAUUCCCCCCAAUCAGAAAGCUUGUGUAGCCUGCGAUGACUUUGAUCAUGAGUUCGUCAUCUAUCAAUAUAGCUUCAACCUCAGCAUCGAAGACAAAGAAGGAAAUGAGAUGCCGGUUACGGUAUUGGAUGAGGCCCUGUUUCUGAAUGAUUUGCCCCGCGUGAACUUAAAUCAAGAUUCAGCAGCUUUGGGAAAAUUCCGGGCAUGUUUUGAGAAGCUUGCUGGUAAUGUUCUGGAGUAUCAGAACGAACGUUGCGCUGGCAUUGACGAUACAAAGUUGAAGACGCCGUUUGUUUGUUUGUAUGGGGCCCGGUAUGAGGAAGAAGGAAAACAGAUUUGUCAAUUACUAUCCUACACGCUGCUCGAAAACUAAGCAGGAAUCGCAUUGGUAUCGGAUUCAUCGUAUAUUAUAAGUAUCGUUAUUACUUGAAUGUUUACAGCCUUAUAAAGGAUUCAUGGUUCAUAUUAUGUUUCUGUUAUUUACACUUUGUCUUUCCCAUCCGGCCGCUGGUUUCGCAGGGUCCACACCGAGCUCUGUAAUUUACAUUUCCCC